UUCACUCUUCACUCAAACCAAAACAUAAGAAAACAUACACAAAUAUAGCAAAAUGGCCAACAAACUCUUCCUCGUCUCCGCAACUCUCGCCUUCUUCUUCCUCCUCACCAACGCUUCCAUCUACCGCACCAUUGUCGAGUUCGACGAAGAUGACAACCAAUCAGGCCCAUUCCGCCCAUUCCGCCCACAACAACAACAAAAAUGUCGUAAGGAGUUUCAGCAAGCGCAGCACCUACAAGCUUGCCAGCAAUGGAUGCACCAGAAAGCAACCCAACAAGGUGGUGGUUCCAGCUGGGCCCUCGACGACGAGUUCGAUUUUGACAACCAACAGGGCCCAGAGCAGAGACCGCAGCUACUCCAGCAGUGCUGCAACGAGCUUCGCCGGGAAGAUGAAGAAUGCGUUUGCCCAACCUUGAAACAAGCGGCCAGAGCGGUUAGAUCCCAGGUACAACAACAGGGACAACAGGGACAAUCCCGCCCCCAAGUGACCAGACGUAUCUUCCAGACCGCUAAGCACUUGCCUGACGUUUGCGACAUUCCACAAGUUAGCGUUUGUCCCUUCAACAUCCCCCGCUCCUACUAGAUUCCACUUCUAAGUGUAUAUACCACGAUGAUGAGUGUGGUUGUUGGUGUAUGUUGGCACUACAUAGUCAUCGUGUGUGUUUUAUAAAAAAUGUAAGCGUUUAAGAUGUUUGAGGCUAAUGUAAUUAGCACUACGUAAUAAAAGAGAGGUUUGUUUAAGUUU